GCUCGGAUCGGAGCUGAAGGUUUCUACAGCCAGGCAGAGUUACAUCAUCCGAUCAACACCGGGCCAACAUGGAGCAGAAAUUCAACGAAUCCGCAGAAAAGGUGAAAACCUUCACCAAGCGACCGAGCGAUUCCGAACUGCUGGAGCUGUACGCACUUUUCAAGCAGGCCACCGUCGGUGACAAUGACACGGAAAAGCCCGGCAUGUUCGAUCUGAAGGGUAAGGCCAAAUGGCAGGCGUGGGCGGACCGGAAAGGCACCACCAAGGAUUCUGCCAAGGAAGCGUACAUUAAGCUGGUCGAGGAACUGUCCGCAAAGUAUGCGUAGGCGGAACGCAAACCGUACCGCUUAAACAACACAUCUAAACGGUGGGAAAGAAGGAAAAUUUUGUUUUUGUUACUUUCGUUUCUAAUCACUCCAAACCGGGCCAUAGCAAUGCCUUAUCGUGACAAUCCUUUUCCACUAUUCGUUUAAAUUCAAUUCGACUUCCACGUCGCGCAGAGUUCGGAUUGAUUGCAGCUUGAUUCUGUUAUCUAUUUCGGGGGCACCUUGGACUGCUGUGAAAACGGCUGCUUAUCGAUCGCGAUCGAAGGAACUGUGCGUUUAUUAUUUGGAAAGGAAAAGGCAGUUGCGGAAUCGGCUGCACCAAAUGUCAGCUAGGGAAGAUAAGAACCAAAAAACGAUAGGGGAUGGAAUACGCUUACAAAGUAAAUAAAAUUAUACAAAUUGUUAAGCCGAAGAUGUUAAGUUCUUUAUGAUUGGAAAGAUGUUGGUACAGGAAUUUUAUUACAUGAUUAUUGCAUGUUCUUAUGUUAAGCGUCCCAACAAAAAUCGGGAACGAAAUCAUGGGUUGAAAUCAGCAGAAUAAAAAAAAUCAAAUAACUCUUUGUCA